AUGGCUCGAUCUUCAUCAAACUGGGGACAACAUCUGAGUAGCAUGGGCUACUUGCUGCCUAUCGAGUGGACAUCGACGUUUAUACCCCCUGCAAGACAAAUGUCCCGUCUCGUCUAUCGAAUCAGUCGAAGAAAUCUCGUUCGAUCCGUACCCAUCGGAGCAGCAUCGCUUGUGCAGGUCCACCUCGCUACCUUGAAGGAAACCGGCCAGAAGGUUGCCGUCAAGGUGCAACACCCUGCCUUGGCUGAGUGGGUGCCGCUCGAUCUUUCUUUGACCCGAUUUACAUUUUCGACACUGAAGCGCUUUUUCCCGGAGUAUGAUCUUGAGUGGUUAUCGCGAGAGAUGGACCAAUCUUUGCCUGUGGAGUUGGACUUUCGAAUGGAGGCUCAAAAUGCCAUGACUACCAGCGAAUACUUCAAGAAACACUCUGAUGCGCCCUUAGUCAUUCCUAAUGUGAUGUGGUCGCAAAAGCGGAUCCUUGUCAUGGAAUGUAUUUCCGGAGGCCGACCCGAUGAUCUCGACUUCCUCGCCGCCAACAACAUUGAUCGGGACGAAGUGUCCGCUGCUUUUGCUCAUAUCUUCAACGAAAUGAUCUUCGGCGACGGUGCCCCGCUUCACUGUGACCCGCACGGCGGCAACAUCGCCAUUCGACCAAAUCCCAACCGCAGCCAUCCCAACUUCGAUAUCAUUUUAUACGAUCACGGUCUCUACCGAACGAUUGACAAGGAUCUCCGCCGAAACUACGCCAAACUGUGGCUCGCCGUUCUUGAUGCUGAUGUUCCGCGCAUGCGCGAGUUCGCCUACAAGGUCGCAGGGGUCACAGAUGAACACUUCCCUCUCUUCGCUAGUGCUAUUACCGGGUCGGGAUUUACUGUCCUGACGCAGAAGAACGUUGCGUCUGCCCGACGGCCGAUGAAAAGAAGGAAAUUACUGGAGCUUUGGGCGAAGGCAUCUCGAAGUCUUGACGAAAACCUUCACACCCGCCAAGGACCCAUGCGAGCAUUCCUGAUCCUUGCACGAUACGCCACCCGCACCGUAUUUGAGGAACAAAUGGAGCUGAUUCGCAACUCGGGCGGCAUCUUCCUCAACUCUUCCAGUAUCUCGCCGCCCUGGGCUGGUUAUCUUCGUGUUGAAACAAGGCUAUCCGUCUACGAGACCCUACUCUCCGUGAAGAGUCGGCUCGGAUUGCAGACUGCCUUGUAG